GCUCUGGGGGCGGCGCCGCCGCUGCGGCCUGGUUCUCGAACGCCGCGGGAAGCGUCGUGUCGUGGGCCCGGGAUGUUGGAGGCUGUGGGAUCUGUGGAGGAGGAGGAAGACCUUGCGGAGGAGGACUGUCCUGAGUUGGUUCCCAUUGAGACGAAGCAAAGAGAGGAGGAGCAGGAGGGAAAGUAUGGCCUCGGCGCCAAGAUCCCAGUCACAAUUAUCACUGGGUAUCUAGGUGCUGGGAAGACAACACUCCUGAAUUAUAUUCUGACAGAGCAACAUAGUAAAAGAGUGGCAGUCAUUUUAAAUGAAUUUGGGGAAGGAAGCGCGGUGGAGAAGCCCUUAGCUGUGAGCCAAGGUGGGGAACUCUAUGAAGAGUGGCUGGAACUCGGGAACGGUUGUCUAUGCUGCUCGGUCAAGGACAAUGGCAUUAGAGCUAUUGAAAAUUUAAUGCAGAAAAAAGGGAAAUUCGAUUACAUACUCUUGGAGACCACUGGGUUAGCGGAUCCCGGUGCUGUGGCUUCUAUGUUUUGGGUUGAUGCUGAAUUAGGGAGUGAUAUUUAUCUCGAUGGUAUCAUAACUGUUGUGGAUUCAAAAUAUGGAUUUAAGCAUUUAACAGAAGAAAAACCCGAUGGCCUUGUCAAUGAAGCUACGAGGCAAGUUGCUCUGGCAGAUAUUAUUCUCAUGAAUAAAACAGACUUAGUCCCAGAAGAGGAUUUAAACCGACUGAGAACGACCAUUAGAUCAAUCAAUGGCCUGGGGAAAAUUUUAGAAACACAGAGGUCAAGAGUUGAUCUCUGUAAUGUAUUAGAUCUUCAUGCCUUUGAUAGUCUCUCUGGAGUAAGUUUGCAGAAAAAACUUCAAAAUAUGCCAGCUACACAACCUCACCUUGAUCAGAGCAUCACCACAGUUACGCUUGAGGUGUCGGGAAAUGUCAACGAAGAAAGUCUCCAUGAAUUCAUGCAGGAUCUCCUGUGGGAAAAGAGCAUGAGCAACAAGGACGGCCACUGCAUGGAGGCCAUCCGGCUGAAGGGACUGGUGUCCAUCAAAGACAAACCCCAGGUGAUUGUUCAAGGGGUCCAUGAGCUCUAUGACCUGGAAGAGACUCCAGUGAGCUGGAAAGACGACAAUGAGAGAACCAAUCGGCUGGUCCUCAUUGGCAGGAAUUUAGAUAAAAAUAUCCUCAAACAACUCUUUAUAACCACUGUAAUAGAAAGAGAAAAGCAGCAGAGAGCCCAUCUCCAAGAAGAUCAAGUUUAUAACACUGAAAACCUUUCUUAACAAAAUGUUUAAUAAAAAAUCAGGUUUUU